AUGGCAGCCAGUAAACCAAAAUAUCCACUAGGCUCUCCUCAAGAGCAUAUUGCAAUGUGUAAAACCCAUGAUUUACCUAUUGAUGUUAUAUGUGAAGAUUGUGAUGAAUUUAUUUGUGGUAAAUGUGCCAAAACAGAUCAUAAGGAACAUGAAUGGAGCACUCUACCCACGGCAGCCAGCCAAAGGAGGAGAGGUCUACUUAAAUUACUGAAGAAAAUCAAGGAAGAGGAUUUGCCUGUGAUUGAGGAGAAGAUCGAGAAGGUGUCACAACAACUGAAAGAAAAUGAAAAAGUUUGUGACUCUGAGAUUAAAAAGCUGCAGAAGCACUAUGAUGAGAUUAUUACCAGGUUAUCAGAAAUCAAGAAACGAAAUGAGCAAAGAUUGAAAGAUAAUUUGAAGGAUAAAAAUGAUAAGCUGGAAAGCGUGAAAUCUGAGUUAUUCAAAAAUAAGAAGUCAAUUGCGGAGACAGUUCAGUUCAUGGAGGAGAACAAGAGUACCAUGUCAGAUUACGGCUUGCUUGACAACCUCAGGGAACUGACAAAAAUGUUGACUGUCCAGGGAGUUGAUAUGAAAAACUGUAAACAUUCAGUAAGAUACAGUAAAGGAAAAACGAGUGGUGAUAUACUUGAGAAAAUGGUGGGGAAAACUUUGGAUAUAGAUGACAUCAACUUGACUGAAACAAGCGUAUUUCAUUAUGGAUAUACAUGUAAACGAAUAUUUUCGUUGAGGGCUGUUGGUGAAGAUCAGUGUUACGUACGUCAAUGUUGGUCACCUUAUACUGAACAAGUAAACAAAGAUGGUGACAAAAAACAUAAAUAUUCAAUAGAGAUGUUAGACCUAUGUGUGACAGACAGUGGCGAUGUUUAUUUUACAUAUGAUAAAUAUAGUAAAAAGUCCAUUAGUUGUCUGUCACCACCAGGGUCUGUCACUACAGUCAUCAGUACAGAUCCACUGUUACCAGGAGGAAUCUGUCAGUCAAUGGACGGUGGACUACUGGUCAGCUUGAUAGACAGUGAAUCAGAUGAAUUCAAAUUAGUGUCACACAGCAGACGUCUGGUGAGACACAUCACAGUGACAGGUGAUGUCAUCCGUGAGUAUGAGUACCAGGAGGACGAUCACACCAGACUGUUUACAUUACCAGCCAGAGUCACACAGAACAGUAACAGUGAUAUCUGUGUUGCGAACCAUACAAGUCUCACUACAGGUGAACUAGUGAUUCUGUCUUUCUCUGGUCGUAUGAAGUUUGUCUAUCGUGGACAGAACUUGACAGGGAACUUCAUUCCUGCUGAUGUAGCGUGUGACUCGCAAUGUAACAUUCUUGUUACCGACGGAGCUAACCAAAAUAUCCAUUUGCUGAGUCCUGACGGGGAGUUCCUGAAAUUCUUGCUGUCAGAGAACGAAGUGAACGGCCCAGCCAGAUUAUCACUGUACAAGUCUACACUGUGGGUGGGAUACUAUGAUGGACUUGUCAAGGUGUUUAAGUAUAGAGUGUAA